UAAAAGGCGGCCGCCUCUGUGACGUCACCGCGCGAUGGGCGGGGACUCCCUUUGUUGCGGUCCAAUCAGGCUCGGAGUGCAGCUUCUGGGCGGGGCCAAGGAAGCCCCCAGGGAGUAUCCCUUGGGAAUUGGGGCUCCAACUAGGAAGUUAGAAGUCCGAGGCCGUGAGAGUACCUCGUGGCGUGGGGCGAGCCGUGCCUCUGACCCCAGUCCAAUGCUCUCGAUACCACGCAACCAACCUCACCCUCGCCCCUAACCAAAACCCCUCAUUUUAGUAGUGGGAAAAUAGUAGGGUGGAGGGACGUGGCCGGGUCCUCCUCUCGCAAAGCCCUCAGAGCCUGGACCCCCGGCUCUUCCGCGAACCCUAGUGUUUGCGGGCACAAGGCUCUGGAGUCCGGAUCGGGCAGUGGCUGAUGUGGGUGCAUCGGGACUCCUCGUGUUCCUAACGAGAAGUGUGCGCCCUGCACAUUGGGGGGAGGUGGGGGGUCCGUUCGUCUCGGGGGAGGGCAUCUCUUCGUUUAACGCUCACGGCCUCCGGGUGAAAGGACCUUUCCCGGAGGUCGGCGUGGAUUGAACGCCCUGGCCUCAAUGGGGCCGCGGUUUCCUCUCCUGGUGGCCGCGCUGGGCAGCUGCCUGCUUCCUGCCCUGGGUUGUCUCUGGUGUGAUAAAAGGGUCGUGGAGGCUCUAAAAUCCUUGGAGACGGAUUACCUGCCCGACCACUUGGGGGCUGAGCAUCACAAACCCCUGAUGGAAAAGUUAGAGAAUGCCGUGAAGGAUUUCAAGAAUCUGGAGCUUGAGGAGGACGAAUCCUUUCUGGAGGUCGUCGAUGAUGCCACACUGGAAAAGGGAACCUGGAGUUUUCUGAAGGAACUGAAACGCAUCACGGACAGUGAUGUAAAAGGUGAGCUCCUCGUGAAGGAGCUGUUCUGGAUGUUGAAGCAGCAAAAGGAGACCUUUGCCAGACACGUUUCUCUGUUCCAAAAAGAUGCUCUCUGUCCCAACAAAUGCGGUAUGAUGUUGCAGACUCUGACCUGGUGCGAUUCCUGCGAGAAGAAGGUUCACGCUUGUCGGAAGAACAUGGAUUGCGGGGAGCGCAGAGUCAAUGUCCAUGAAAUGGAAGACAUGAUCCUGGACUGUGAGCUCAACUGGCAUCACAUCUCUGAAGGCCUGACUGAUUACACCUUUUACAGGGUUUGGAAGAACAAACCUGAGAGCAUGGUGUACAAGGGUACAGCGCCCACCCUGACCAAGACCAAGGCAACGCCAUCGGAUGCGGGCACCUACCGCUGCCAGCUGAACACCGUGAACAACAGCCCCGCCACGAUCAUCCGUUAUCAUGUCAGAGUGUUGCCCAAAAGAGUUGUGGAGGAGACGCCGUCCACAAACAUCAUCCCAAACCCGGAGGAUGUGACCCUGGACGAGGUGACUUGGACGCCCAACAAGUCGGCCACCACCACCAUCCCGCCUCCGUCGCCGUCUUCGGCGGCCCAGUCCCCGACGGUGGAGAACAUGCUGAGAAGCCUCCUGGUCGGGCUGCUGAUCUGGGGCUUUGUGGUGCUGAUAGCCAGCAUUGUCAUCUUGAUGCUCUGCUAUUGGUCCGAGAAGAAUCCUGGGUACUUCAUUGAUUCCAUAAAGUCCUGGGUCAGCACUGCCAAGGAGGCUGCUCAGAGCCCCAACGUUCCAGAGAAAAAGGACAAAAAAUCUAGGAGCCAAUAAAGAUUUAUUUGAUUGUUUUAA